AAGAUAGGUUGUGCUGUUGUCCUGUGGUCCUGUGGUUGACUGAGUCAUUCAUCUAAAAGCUAACACACUUCAAAGAGAUGGCUGCAAGAAGUACCGGUAAAAAGAAAUUUGUGGGAGUGAAAUUCAAAUUUGAUGAAUCCAACGCACCAAAGCGAGAGGAGAAAAAACCACCAGGUGGACUGGACAACAAGGCUACUCUAACAGUAAAUGGAAAUGAGUUUCAUGUUUAUGCGAGAGAUAUGACUGUGAUUGAGAAUCUAGGAAGAGGGGCUUAUGGCAUUGUAGACAGAGUUAGGCAUGAACCAAGUCAAUCUAUCAUGGCUGUUAAGAAAAUCCGAGCUCAAGUAAACAGUACAGAGGAUAAGAGGAUAUUGAUGGAUAUGGAUGUAGCUAUGAGGAGUUCAGAUUGCCAAUAUACGGUUGAGUUCUACGGUGCUCUCUUUCAAGAGGGAGAUGUGUGGAUCUGUAUGGAAGUUAUGGAUACAUGCCUUGAUAAACUCUAUAAGAACAAACUCAAACCUCAAGGGGUAUAUAUACCUGAAAAUAUAUUAAGCAGGAUAUCAUUUUCUAUUGUGAGUGCUCUGAGGUAUCUACAGACAAGGCUAAAAGUGAUUCACAGAGAUGUGAAACCAUCCAAUGUACUAGCUAAUCGUAACGGCAAAAUAAAAUUAUGUGACUUUGGAAUCAGCGGACAAUUAGUCAACUCAAUGGCCAAAACACAAGACGCAGGUAGCCGACAGUAUAUGGCACCAGAGAGAAUAAAUCCAGAUAAUAGUGGCAAGGGCUACGAUGUCAAAUCAGAUGUUUGGAGUUUUGGUAUUACUAUGGUGGAGAUAGCAACAAACACCUACCCGUAUGAAAAAUGGCAUGACAUGUUUCAACAGCUCAGGCAAGUGGUACAAGGCGAAGCGCCCUCACUACCCGAAGAUAGAUUCUCUGGAGAAAUCCGUGACUUCAUCAACAAAUGUUUGAAAAAGGAGUGCACAGAACGGCCAUCAUAUACAAGAUUAUUAGAUCAUGAGUUCAUCAAGAAGCAUGCUGAAGUAGGAGACCAAGAUGUAGCUACCUUUAUAGCACCUAUCAUUGGUGAUGCCGAAACUCUACCUCAUUGAUAAUAACUCUCCGUCAAUUUUGUUGAAGCUGCAUUUUAGUUUUGAUUUGUCCUAGUCAUUGAUCAGUGUUGAAUUUUUAAAAGGAAUUAUGUCAUCUUGAAAUCUGCGAUGUGACGUCUUCAUUGCAAUGGUGUUGUGGCAUUGUGGUUUGCAUCUGUGAUCCAGUUGCAUGGGAGUAACAAACCAAUUUUUUAGGUGUAUGGUUCAAACUCUGGGUUGCACCUUUCGGAUGGUAAUGUUAAAGGUUGAUCACAGAUGUAAAUAAUCAUACGUGAUUGAUGCACCUGUAUAAACUCUGAUACACUCGCGCAGGAAGAACACAUGUCCCACCACCAAGGUAGAGCGAUGUAGUCAUCUUGUUGACCCAUGUCUUCGGAUCAAGCUUGCUUACCAUCCAGUGGACUACAGGUUCAUAUAUGCUGUGUUCAAAACCUUUCCCAGUUAUAUACAUGUUUUCAUACAAUUUUUCACAGCAUGUUCAUUAGGGCCUUUAUAAACAUGUUUUUCAAAUGGUUGUGUUAAUAUACUCAUCUUAGAUAUUGAAAGUGAAAAUUUCUUAACAGAUUCACAUUUUUCUCUCAUCCAGGAACAUGUUUUAGAUCACACAAAUUUGUGGGAUUAAAA